AUGCCAGACCCAACACCUCAAAUUGUUGUCGGCUGUCUGCUCGACGUUUCAGGCUCAAUGCGCAAUGCCUUGGAACCAAGUCAAUCGAACGAGCCAGCUGGCGAUCGACUCAGAGCUGUCCUUAGAGCGGCCCUCAAGUUAGCAAAAGCAGAGUGCCAGCAGAAUUCUAAUGCCUUUAUGUUCGUUGGUGUCUUUGGACUAAAGACGUCCAAAGAGCAUCUUAAUCCUCAAGCAGCGGACCUAUGUGGGAUCGCAGAUGCUUUGCUGAAUGAACCUGGAAACAAUUCUUCUGGUCACGAUCUUCUCAUCGCUCGUGCGAACACGAACAACGUAUCAUACAUAUCAAGGUACAUCAAGACGAAACUCACUAGCCGAGAGGCUCGAAUAGUCGACGCGCAUUUGAAACUACACCCUGACCAAGUGCAGCAAUUCAUUGAUGACAUUCCACCUGAAGAGGAGGUCAACAGGUUGCGCGAGUCGAGUCGACAACUCAGCGCAGGUGCUGGAACAGCUCUCGGAUGUGCCGUAUCAGCGAUCGUCCCUGGUGCCAUUGUUGCUACUGUUGUGUCUCUUGCUACUAUGAUGGCCGGUGAAAUUGCUAGUAAUUCAAUCGAACACUCAAGGGUCGAGAGAUCGGAAGCUUUGGCCUUAGCCCGGCGUAUUCAAACGAACUGGCUCUUAGAUUUCGAGAAUUUCAAUCCUCGUCCAAUUCCUGAAGUCGUGGAUAUUCUUCAGCGACUGCAGGACCAGUGGCUGGACCACGAGGAUCAUGAUGCAGGAAAUGUGCCAGAAGAUAACGACAACCUAUUCGACGCUAUUCGCCAGUACAUGUAUGGUCCCACGCCGAUGUGCUAUGCUCUGCAAAAGGCUCUAGAAGCAUUUCGAAGCAAGCCCGGCACAGAGCAUCACGUACUCGUACUUAUGUCGGAUGGUAUUUCAACAGAUGGCGAUCCAUCCACAGUCGCUAGUGAUCUUCGGGAUGAGCGUAUCUCAAUUGCGACUGUCAAGCUCACAGGUGAUCGGUCGAGCACUCAGCGUGCCUUGCAUUAUGAGGUCAACCCUCGUUGGGACGAGGGUACCCGGAGCCUCUUCCGGAUGUCGAAGCUUAUCGAGGCAUCGACGCAUCCAAUUCCUGUCUUAGCUGCUGCAGGUUGGGCGAUUCCUUCAGCUGGAGAGGUGGCACUGUUUUGCACUGUUUGUACCGUCACAGCAUUGGAAGAGUUCUGUUCCUUGCUGCUCUCUGCCAGAUUUGGUUCAACGGAUGCGCUAUUAGGUAUCGUUGGGAGAGUACGUCUUGACAAUUAUGUCAACAACGAACAUCUUGCCAUUCAAAGCAGGCCUACCCACCAGGGUCAAAGGCCCAUCUGCUAUGCGCAUGCCGUGGCGUCCGUAAUACACAUGGCCUUACUUCGCAUUGUCUCUAGAGAAGGUGGGAUUCCUUCUUUCGUUGAGAUACGAGAUAGAAUUCUAUCUGAAUACCCAGAGAUAAGAAAUGGCCAACCUACUAAAGAGGUACUGUCAGAUGCGUGCAUUUGGUACCGCCCCCUCAAGUUCCGAGAGGUUGACGAGAAUGGCGCUCGUGACGCCGUGCUCCGACGUCGCCCAGUCCUUGCUACAUUUGGGUUGUCAAAUAAGGGCUGGGACACAUUUUGUCAACAUUUUGACCGACAAUCCGCAAUGCGUACUGCUGUUCUCACAGAAGCGCAGAUGGCACCUCACUUCAACAAAGCGUAUAAAGGUGGCCACGCUGUUGUGUUAGUGCGCUGCAACCCCGAUUCGUUAGCAUUUUUAAACUCGUGGGGAAGUUCAUGGGGAGAUAACGGAAUCUUUAGAGUCGAGAACCCUGCUGUUCUAGGGCAUAAGGACCGCUCAUUGCGAUUCUACGACGUUUAUUGGUUAGAAAAAGGACUGACAAAAGCCGAACGACAGGCUUUUGAUGCUCAAGUGGAUGACGAGCUGCGGCGUCGCGCUGAGGAACACGGGAGUAUUUUCGAACUCGAAUAUCGAUGUCCAAAAUGCUCUGACACUUCCGCAAUGGCACACUUUAGAGGAAGUGUCAGGAGUGCUUUAUGUCCAAAAUGUCAUGGAUGGUUCGAACCUGAUCCUCGAGGUCUGGCGCAGGCCAUGUAUUUGCGAGCUGGGCUGAAUGAGGUUGUCUAA